CGAGAUUUAAAUUCUCGUAAAUAACCUUAGAUUUACGCACAUACUUGUUACUGAGAGUGGCAGAGAAACAGGGGAAGAUGGGCAAACAAAGCGAGUUAUGUUCUUUCCUUCUCUUCCAACUGAAUGUGCAGGCUUCACUUGUGUAUAGAGCAUAGUGUGCUUAGGAAAUAGUGAUUUUGUAUAUAUACUGUACGUAAGACCAGUAUGGGUGAAGAAGAACCAGUGAAUGAAGUUUCGGAGACUGAUUCAAAUGGAAACAACUCUAAGGAGAAAACUUUGGAUAGAAGUACUGAGAAAAAGGACUUGGAAACUGACGAAGGAAAAGUCUUGGCGAACAAUGGAAUCAAAGAGUUGAAAGAAAAUAUCGUAAAAAAAAUUGAAAAUGUGGAAAAGGUAGAAGAGGACAAGAAAGUUGGUGUUGUGGAAGAAGCUAUAGGGGAUAAGAAAGAAACAAAAGAUGAUAAGACAGGAGAUGGAAUGGAUGGAGCAAAAGAGGAUAAGAGAGAAGAUGAAGUGGAAGUGCCAAACAAGGAUAAUAAAGAAGAUGGAGUGGAAGAAGCAAAAGUGGAUAAGGAAGAAGGUAGAGUGGAAGACACAAAAGAGGAUAAGAAAGAAGAUGGAGUGGAAGACGUGAAAGAGGAUAAGAAAGAAGAUGGGGUGGAUGGAGUAUACAAGGAUGAGAAAGAUGGGGCAGAAGAAGUAAAACAGGAUAAGGAAGUUGAUGAUGUAGGAGUAAAGGGUGGUGCGGAAGUUGAUGGUGGAAAACAAGUCAAGGAGGAUAAGGGAGUUGAUGGUGUGGAAGAAGUUAAGGAGGUUAAGGAAGUUGAUGGUGUGAAAAAUAUAGUAGAAGAUACAAAAGGUGAUAAAUUGAAAGAAAUAGAUGAGGAUAAGAAAGAUUUUCAUAUAUCUGAGAAUAAUAAAAUGGAUGAAGACACUGGGGUUAAAGAAACAGUGGAAGAUAAACAAAAAAAUGAAGACGUGGAAACUGAGAAACCAAAAGUAGAUGCUAUGGAAGUAGAGGAUGGCAUUAAGGGGAAGGAGGAGGGUGGUGAAAAGGAGAAAAUUGAAGUGGCAAUGGAAGAGGACCAGGAUGAAGACAAAGAUAAGGAUAAUAUUGAUAAGUUAAAAGAAGUGAAGGAAGAGAAUAAUAAGGUUAACAAAGGAUCAAAAAAACGUGGGAGAGAGAAGAUCAAUGGGGAGAAAGAUAAAGAAAGAAGAAAGGAACUGAAGAAAAUAGAACCAAGGACUCCUACUAUUGACCGCCCUGUGCGAGAGAGGAAGUUAGUUGAGAGGUUGGUAACAUCAAUUGAGAAAGAUGCAACCAAAGAAUUUCGCAUUGAAAAGGGACGUGGCACACCUUUAAAAGAUAUACCAAAUGUGGCCUUUAAGCUAUCCAGAAGGAAGACUGAUGAUACCUUCAAAUUUCUCCAUACAAUUCUCUUUGGAAGGAGAGGGAAGGCAAUUCAGAUCAAAAGUAAUAUAUCAAGGUUUUCUGGUUUUGUUUGGCAUGACAAUGAGGAAAAGCAAAUGAUUAAAGUAAAAGAAAAACUUGACAAGUGUAAUAAGGAGAGGUUACUGGAAUUCUGUGAUGUACUUGACAUAACAGUUAACAGGGCAACAAUGAGGAAGGAAGAUAUCAUUGCUAAGCUGAUAGACUUUUUAGUUGCCCCUCAUGUAACUACAACUGUGUUGCUUGCCGAAAAGGAGAAGCCCAGUAAAGGAAAAAAGCGCAAGCGUAUUAUUGUAAAACGGGGUUCAUCAAGAUCUGGGAUAAUUUCAAGACGUUCUGCCAAGAGUCGGAGGAAAAAUGAAGAUUCUUUAGCUGUGCAGAGAAAGAGUGCUUCUGACACAGAAGAUGAGUCAGAUGAAGAAAAUGAGGAAAAUGAAAAUGGUGUUGCUGAAAAACCUGAGGAUGAAACAUCAAAGAAAUAUGAAAGUGAAGACAAAAGUGAUUAUGGGAGUGAAUCUGAAGAUUUGAAAGAAAAGAAAAAACCUUCUAAAACAUCAUCCGCCAAGAAAGAAUCUGCUAAGAAAAGUAAAAUUGAGAAAAUUCCAGUUGCCAACAAAUCUCACUCACCCCCAAAAAGAACACCAAAGAAAUCAUCAUCUAACCUCCCAAAGUCUGAUGAGGAUAGUGAUGAAAGUCCAAAGGUUUCAAGGAAGAAGAAAAAUGAGAAAGGAGGAAAGCAUAAGACAACGACGCCCACUAAGCCUUCCUCCAUAGAGAAAACUGCAGAAAAGGUUACUAGAGGAAGAGACAAGAAAAAGGAGAAAUCGAGCCCCACUGAUAAUCAGUUACAUGAUGCAAUAUGUGAAAUUCUUAAAGAAGUUGACUUCAAUACGGCUACAUUUACUGACAUUCUGAAGAAACUUGCCAAACAAUUUGAUAUGGAUCUGGCCCCAAGAAAGGCAUCUAUAAAGCUCAUGAUUCAGGAAGAGCUGACAAAACUAGCUGAUGAAGCGGAUGAAGAAAACGGAGAAGAGGAUGCAGUGAAAGAGGAGGCCCUAUCUACAGGCCAGAAGGUUGAAGCUUGAUUGAUGAGUAGUCCUGACUACUUGGUGAUAGUUUUGGCUAUGUAUACUAUAACCCUAGUUAUGUUGCUUCAUCUGUACAUUUUGUUGAGUGAAAGUGGCUGUAACAUAUCCAAUAUGAAGAGAUAAAACUCGUAUUUGUCAAUUUAGGCUAUGGUCCGCUGCCACUGUGCACCUUCUUGUUUAUACAUAAACAGAAUCUGUAGGGUUUGUACUAUUGAUGAAUACUACUCAGCAAAGCUACACUAGUCUUGAUGGGAAAAUUGGCCCAAAAUUAUGACUUUAACAAAGAGUAAUAGUGCAGAGAAAA